AUGGUUUCAAGUUCUAACGACGGCGAAAACGAUUUAGCUUACGAAGAUAAUGAUUUCAGACGAGAUUCGGACGAAGACACGGAAGAUGCCAGUGAAACAGAGGCUGAAAAGAAAGAUGAGGAAUUCACCGGUAUCAAGGACCAGAUGUUCCAUGACCAGCUACAGCAAUACAAACGUCAGUUACAUCAACUUAAAAAUGGCACCCUACCUACCUAUGUCAAAAAACUAAAAAAAUUAGAAAUGUUGCAUGGGGACCGACUGCACAUGAACACCUUGUUGAGUGAUAUUCAGAUGAAGAUCAUCGAGGAGGAGUUUAAGAAAGAAAAGUUAGCUGCUGCUAAAGAGUUUGAGGAUAGGAAACUAGAACUACGCGAUACAUUGAUAAAUGAAUUGGAGCAUAAGAAAAAGACUAUUGAAUUGGAGAGGCAGAGUAUGGAGCUGACAGGAGACACAAUGUUAGUUAAGCCGGUGACGACCAGAAAACUUCGAAGGCGGCCGAAUGAUCCUGCUCCUGUUCCUGAAAAAAGAUCGAAACCAUCACCUGAUAUCUUUUCUUUCAAAUUUAUAUUUCAUUUGUCUUACUAUUAA